GCCGACCUGCCGCCGCCGCUGUUGCAUGUAUGAGUGUCCACGUCAAUAAAUAGCGGAUUAUGCCGAGUUAAAGUGCGUCUAACUUGUCCAAUGAUGGCACUCGAUGUUCUACCCGUGGAGGAUUUCCCUCGUAAAGUGAUGCCCGGAGGUGACUCCUGCACGUGCAGCGCCAAGUGCCGGAACCGCAGCAGCAGCAGCAGCAGCGUCUUCUUCCUGGGAUUAUUCACGCUGUCACUCUCCCUUCACGCCGUCACCCUGCUCUGCUACUUGGACCUGCGCUCCGAGGUCAAAAGGGAACUAAUCCACCAGAAGCGGGACUCCAUGUUGACACUCGUGGGGAGUGACUUGGCCAGCCCGGCGUCUGCGGUCCUCCCGCCCGGACCCCCGCGGCUCGACCCCGGCAGCAGCAGCAGCAGCAGCCGCGCCACAGAUGAUCCCGAGGAUAACUCACUGCAUCAAAACAGAGACUUACUAGCCACAGAAGAUAACAGGGGCAUAACUCAGAGGGCAAAAAGAAGUCCAGGAAAGCAGCUACACACAGAAUCGACAGGAAAAGAAAGAAGAAAAGAGAGGAAAAAAGGGAAAAAACGAGCAAUACCAGGCCCCCCUGGUCCUCCAGGUCCCCAGGGCCCACAAGGCCCACCGGGCAUUCCUGGUAUCCCCGGUAUCCCAGGAAGCAACGCCGUGGGUCCUGCAGGACCGCCCGGCCCCCCUGGGCCACAGGGGCCUCCAGGCGCUCAAGGCCCAGCAGGGGUUCCUGUUAGGACUGAUAGGACAAAAACAAAAGAAUUCCAGCCCGCAGUGGUCCAUUUGCAAGGGCAGGAGACAACCAUCCAAGUGAGAGAAGAUCUUUCUGAAGGCAUCCUCAGGAACUGGAAGACCGUGUCCAUCCAUCACCGUGUGUUUAAAAUGCACUCUCGCUCCGGAGAGCUUGAGGUGCUAAUGGAUGGCGUCUACUUCAUAUAUAGUCAGGUAGAAGUGUACUACCUCAACUUCACAGACAUCGCCAGCUACGAGGUGAUGGUGGAUUCCACCCCCUUCCUCUGCUGCACCUGCAGCAUCGAGACGGGCCAGCGCAAGUUCAACACCUGCUACACAGCUGGGGUGAGCCUGCUGCGUGCUGGCCAGAGGAUCUCCAUCCGUAUAGUCUAUGAGGACACGCUCAUCAGUAUGACCAACCACACCACUUUCCUCGGAAGUGUCAGACUAGGGGAGGCUCCAUCUGCUGGGCAGAAUUGAUAACUACACAAUCUUACACCUCUAUGCGUCAUGAUUAGAUGGGUGUCUAGAAGCUUGCAGCAUUGGCCUCUGAGAUCCUGCCAGGAUGGCAAUUUGCAGUGAUGAAGUUAAAAACAGUACCACAACUCUGUAGUAAGAAGGACAAUACGGACUGUUUUAGGCUUGUGCUUCCACUGAUCAAGUGCUAUUGACCGUGACGAGCUGAAUGUCUGUUUGCUCAUCAAGUAAAGUCACCUGCAUCUCUCCCUCAUUAUACCAAGGAAGGAUACUGCACACACAGGUGCUUAAUACAAACAUUUGAUCGCUGCCAAAUCAUUUUUGUAUUGCUUAAAAAAACAAGCAAUUCCAAAUUGUGAUAUUUUUAGAGUUAAUCUAACUAUAUAAAAUAGAUAGCUACUGUUGUGUAGUUUGCCAUAAAAAGGCUUUAGGGCAUUGGUCGGCAACCUUCUUCUUGUGUCCUUUAUAAAAACGCCAGACAGGGGGAGUGUGCAU